AACGUCCACCCUACCCUGGGCAAGCCACGCCCCUGGAGGUGGUGCCCCUCCCACCCACGGGCCUUCAAGCUUUCGCGAUUUCCACCUGCGCUUCAGAGCUCACGUGCAGUGGAUGCUUCCACCCUCGAGGGGCGGGGUCACGCUCACAGCCAAUUAGAGCUUGAGGGGGGGAGCUGAGGGCAGGGAAGCUUCCAGAGGCCGAAGCCUGAGGAAGUUCUAGAGGGUACUGGCGGACCUAGGAGAGAGCUAUGCAGUCCAAACGGGAGUGCGAGCAAUGGUGUGAGAGGGUGAAUCCAGAGAACAAGGCGGCCCUGGAGGCGUGGGUCAGGGAGACUGGCAUUCGCCUGGUGCAGGUGAACGGGCAGAGGAAGUACGGCGGGCCACCCCCAGGUUGGGUGGGCAGCCCGCCACCAUCCGGGUCAGAGGUGUUUAUUGGACGAUUGCCUCAAGACGUUUAUGAGCACCAGCUGAUCCCACUGUUCCAGCGCGUGGGGCGCCUCUAUGAGUUCCGCCUGAUGAUGACCUUCAGCGGCCUGAACCGCGGCUUUGCUUAUGCGCGCUACAGCUCGCGGCGCGGUGCCCAGGCCGCCAUCGCUACGCUGCACAACCACCAGCUGCGUCCCUCUUGCCAGCUCCUAGUGUGCCGAAGCACCGAAAAGUGCGAGCUGACUGUGGAUGGGCUGCCACCAGGCGUGAGCCACCGCGCGCUGCUGUUCGCCCUACAGCCGCUGGGUCCUGGCCUGCAGGAGGCUCUGCUACUACCCAGCCCCGGGUCUGCGCCCACGCAGAUCGCGCUGCUCAAGUUCAGCUCACACCGGGCUGCCGCCAUGGCCAAAAAGGCUCUAGUGGAAGGGCACUCACGCCUCUGUGGAGAGCAGGUGGUGGUGGAGUGGCUCAAGCCUGACCUGAAGCAGCAUCUCCGCCAACAUGUUACACGUCCUUCACUGCGGUGCCUGUGGCCAGGUGGCAGCCAACUGGCCCUGACCAGGGACAACCUAGGGUUCCAAGGGGCUCGGGCUGCUCUGCAGCUGCUUUGUCACCGAAUGAAGCUGGGCAGCCCAGUGUUCCUUACCAAGUGUUUGGCCACAGGACCUGCUGGCUGGCACCGCUUCUGGUACCAGGUGGUAAUCCCUGGACAUCCAGUGCCUUUCAGUGGCCUCAUUUGGGUUGUGCUGCCCUCUGAUCAGCACGAUGGGCAUGAGGUGGCCAAGGAUGCUGUGUCUAUGCAGCUGCUAGAGGCACUCAGUGAGUCUGGGGGUGGCUUCUUGUGGUCUCCAGGUGCUGUAGCAGGUACUGUGGUUAAGCAGUGACCCCUUCCUCUCUCUCUACAGGCAGCCCAAAUGGGUAGGCACAGCAUGUGUCAAAUUCCUAGCCCAGCAGGCCUGGGCAGCCACUAUCGGUGGACCCUGUGACAGCUUCCCUGCUAGGACAGAGCC